AUGAGCGUCAUAUCAGAUGCACCCACUACCACUCCCACCAGAACCGGUGCUUUACGCACCUGCGAGGAGCAGCUGUCCCGCUUAAACCAACAGCUAUCAGCUGGCUUCACUGCGGUCAAUGGAUAUCGCCACAAGGCUCCACCAACCUCCCGGUCCGAUCCCUCAGCGCAAGAUGCCCGACCCUCUGACCAGACCACGUCCGCCGAGCCGCCCAUCGACACUCCCAGCGCAACCCAAGAGACCGAGCCGCUGAAGCUUGGCUAUUCCAACGAUGGCACUCCUGCCUUGAAGGUCCUCGCGCAUGGCUGGCGAAGUGAUCUCAGAACCUCCUUCCCACCUCAGGACAGUACCGCCACCGAAGCAGAGAAGCGCAAGCGGUCCGACUCAACGCUUGCUGACGAUAGUCGCGGGAGCCGCCAUUCUCAGAGCAAUGGUGACGGCCCGUCGUCGCCUAAGCGACGUAUGACCAACAUAGAUUCUGCCAUUGAUUUGACAUCACCUGACCAGCAAACGCAAGUUCCACGCGCAUUCUCAACUGAUCGCUGCCUCUCGGAAGUUAGGCGAGUAGCUACCACCUCACGUGAACCUUCGCCAGCACAAAGGCAUGUCCGCGGCCGGCCGGUCCCGCCGCCGCGUCCAGAAGUCGAGCAGGUCCAGGAAGAGUCCCUCAGGAGGUUUCUGCGUGUGGAAGAGGAAGCUCAGCAGCGAGCCAAGGCGCAAGCUGAUGCUGAUGCCGAAGCUGCUGCUGCUCAGAAGCGUGCGCAAGUCGAAGCCGAAGCGCAGAUGAGAGACGAGGCGAAGCCGAGGCAUCAUUCUCCUCCCGAUGAAGAGGACGACCCGAUGACGCCGCCGGAGCAUGCACAGAAUUAUCAGCAGCAUGGCUAUAGUCCGGAGCGCAACGAGCAGGACUAUGAUGCCAAGCGCCGAAAGCGUAACUUUAGUAACCGCACCAAGACUGGAUGCCAUACUUGCCGGAGGCGGAAGAAGAAGUGCGACGAGGCUAAACCAACGUGCGCGAACUGUGAACGCAGUGGUCACUCAUGUGAAGGCUACGGUCCAAAACCAUUAGCCGGGUCUAAAGUGCAAUCCGCCGCAAAAACACCGGUGGCGUUGCAGGCGAAGGGUACCACCUUCGAAGGCGUGCCACAGCAAGUACCCACACCGUACGUCCAACAAGUCCCAGUGCCGGAAUCGGCGCCUUCGUAUUCGCAUUGGGGUCGUAUUCCUAGCAAGGAGGAAGAGGCGAACAUGCACCACCAUCACCCCCUGCCACCUCCACAGUACCCACGGUACACGUCGCACGAAGAUUCGCACGCGGGUCAUUACGGCAGACCAAGUGUACCUAGAGAUCCACUACCUCCGUACAGCAAUGAGCCGCGUUACCCACCAAUGGAGUAUUCUGCGAUGCAGCCGAUGCACCCCAUGUACGCGCACUCUCACCCUUCUCACCAUCCGCAGCCGCCGCUACUUCCACCACCAUCAUCAUAUGGGCCACCACCACCGCUUCUUGAACCGAUCCCAGGCGACCCAUACCGCCAUUCCAUGAUCCCCUCCGCCCCCGUCAGCUCUCACGACAGCAACAGUCACUCCUCUACCUCCUCCCUUCGCACAGCUGCGUUAGCCCUCGCUCGACGGGACAAGUACAGACUCAGCGAAAAGGAGAAGAUGCUCCUUGGCGAGCCAUUUUUAGCCUACGUCGACCGCGACCUUGUCAGCGAUCGCAAAGAAUGCAAAGCCGCGGUUGAACGCUACAACGACGCCGCCAAAGCUAGCUUGGGCUCAGGCCACGGCGAUCGCGCACGCCUCUUCAACCAUAUCGUCGACCCUACUGCGCGGCCGGAAGAACGCAGCCGCAGAAGACAUCCAGAUGACCCUUAUAAUGGCCCCAAGGGUUCAGCAGGGGAAGGCACGGCGGUAGAGACGCCGUUCAUAUGUGACUAUGGGUACAAUAUCCACCUUGGCAACAAGGUGCACAUACAUUCCGGGUGUAUUAUGUCGGAUCCCUGUCGAAUCACCAUUGGGGAUCGCACGGUCAUUGGGCCUAAUGUGCGAUUCAGAGGCGUUACGGCGAGUUUGGACAUCAAGGCUAGGAAGGGGAACAACAGUUGUCUGCUUGGCGGACCCAUCGACAUUGGCGAGGAUUGUGUGAUUGGAAGUGAUGUUGUCAUCCUGCCGUUUCGCACGAUUGGCAAUGGUGCGGUGGUUGGGGCGGGGAGCGUGGUGACCAAGGUGGGUCUGUCGAUUGAGUUGAUGAGGGGUGGUAGGUGCUGA